AUGAUCGCCUUCAACUGGAAUUACACAGGUGUGAGUGUGGUUGCCUCUACUACAUCUAUUGCCUGGAUAGUGGUGGACUACCACCGCUCGCUGCGUUCCUUCCUCCCCGUCAAGGCCAAACAGGGCUGGGGGUCCUCCGUGGCCUACUUCCUGUGGAAGGCUGACUUUAUGUUGAACAUGUUUGGUCUUGUGUUGUUCUUCUUGGACAUGGUGCUUGACAUUUUGGCGGUUGUUGAUUUUUAUCAGGAGGAAGACUAUGUCAGUAUGGGAGUGCUGAUCUUUUUAUUACUGGGAUCAUCUGUGCUGCUGCAGAUAUUCAGUUGGCUUUGGUAUAACUAUAGCUCGGAAGAGGAGAGUAUGUGCCUCAGCAAAUAUAUGUACCUGGAAAAGUACUUGAAGAAUAGAAUCUUUUGUGGGGUACUCCAUGUGUGUCAGCUGGGAGUCUUCCUCAGGUUUGCCGGCGUGAUGGAGAUCUCUCUGCGUAACCUGAAGACCCGUACAGCCAAGAAGGAGGGCAUCGCCGUCUACCUGACCCAUGACCUCAGAAUGCUGCGCCUCAUCGAGACGUUCUCAGAGAGCGCUCCUCAGCUGACCCUCAUGAUCACCAUCAUCUUGCAGAGGGAGAACGUGGAGUGGGUCACAGGUCUAAAGACUCUGGGCUCGUUUGCUGCCAUCUCCAUCAGCGUGGUCAUGUACCACCGUUCCAUGCGCUCCUUCCAGACGGAGAAGGCUCGGAUGACGGUGACCUCAUCUCUGGUCUUCUUCUUGUGGAACUUCCUCUUAAUUGCCCCACGUGUGGCAGCAAUAGCCCUGUUUGCCUCUACCCUGCCCCUCGGUAUGAUUGCAGUCCACUUCAUCUGCCUGUGGCUCACACUGUUCCUCUGGGCCUGGCGUCAGAAAACGGACUUCAUGGAGUCCCCGGGCGGGGAAUGGCUCUACCGGGCCACCGUAGCUCUCAUUUGGUACUUCAGCUGGUUCAAUGUAUCCCAUGGCGGCUCCAAACGAAGGAGAAUCAUCUAUCAUUCCAUGAUAGCAGUAGACAUUAUGCUCCUGCUGGGGUGGUGGUGGUGUUGGCAUAGCGACCAGGAUCCGUCUAUAUUCGGCAUGCCAGCACUGGCAGUGUUUAUUUCAGUGGGUGGAUCCUACACAGUAGGAAUCAUGGUGAUGAUAGCAUACUACAAAAUACUUCAUCCUAACAAAACAGCCACUGAAGAGUCUAGAGAUGAUGAAAGAGCACCCGCGUGCUUAGGGGAAGAGCUGGUAGGUGAGGACACAGUGGAUACUCGUUUGCCAGUUAUGUUGCAACCACCCUCACAGAGGCCUUUGACUGGAGCCGAGAAGAGGAGGAAGAAACUGGCUGACAAUUUUUACUCAUAGCACUGAAUGAUCUGUUUUUAAGCAGCAAGACACAUUCCAUUACAGUGCUGCAAUGAACAGCUUCUUUUCUUUAAUUUAUAUUAUUUCGUGUAGCUUUUGACAAAUUCUAAGUU